AUGUCGGCAUAUGAACCUCGCGCUUAUUUUACAGGGAAUGGCACAUACAAAGCAAUAAAUCCUAUAGUUUCCCGAGUGGGUGAUUUUACGCCGUUUUAUAUUACUAUCGCAAUCUGUUCCGUCGUGUUAGGUUUUUUACUUAUCCUAAAUAUUGUUUGCUGCUGCUCGAGAUACUCAGACUAUUGGCUGGAUCGCCACACUGGUAAUCGUUGGAUAGUCUCUAUCUGGUCAGCUACUCCACACAAACAACCACCACUUGACUUUACCGAGCUAGAAAGUCAAUAUCACCCAGUUAAAUACAGUCACCCAUACCAUUCAGAGGAUUAUCAAGAGAUUCAUAAACACGAACCAGUAGUACCUUCAAUUUCCCAGCAACCACUUACAUCAUCUCACGAAUACCUUGACUUACACAAAAGAGAGAGUGAUAUUUAA